UUCGGGUCCUCAGAGAGCAGUUGGGUCCUCAGAGAGCAGUCAGGUCCUCAGAGGGAAGCCGGGCCCUCAGAGAGAAGCCAGGUCCUCAGAGAGGAGUCGGGUCCCUGUAGUGACACGUCUGGAGGUUCAGAUUCAGAGAGCGUGGAUCGAGAGGACAUUCCAGAAGAGAGAAUGUGUCCAGAUUAUUCCCAGCAAAGACCCCAGCAGGUGCAGUUGUGGUCAGGUGGUGACGCAGCACACCUUUGUCCCUCCGGGGGCCAGAGAGGAGGGGGCCCCUUCGGUCCAGCUGGAGGUCCAACCAGCAGAGAGAUGGAGCGCACCGAAACACACCCAGACCUUUCCCACCGACGCCUACGGAGUCAUCGAGUUUCAGGGAGGAGGACACAUCAACAAGGCAUGUAUAUCCGGGUCUCCUACGACUCCAAACCGGACCACCUGCUGCACCUGAUGGUGAAGGACUGGCAGUUGGAGCUUCCCACGUUGCUGAUCUCCGUCCACGGAGGCCUUCAGAACUUCGACCUGCCUCCAAAACUGAAGCAGGUUUUUGGGAAGGGACUGAUCAAAGCAGCAGUGACCACCGGAGCCUGGAUCUUCACCGGGGGAGUCAGCACCGGAGUGAUCCGCCAUGUCGGCGACGCCCUGAAAGAUCAUUCUUCAAAGUCCAGAGGAAAAGUCUGCGCUAUCGGCAUCGCCCCAUGGGGCAUCAUCGAGAACAAGGAGGACCUCAUCGGCAGAGACGUGACCCGGCCCUAUCAGACCAUGUCCAACCCGCUCAGCAAGCUGUCAGUGCUGAACAGCAGCCACUCCCACUUCAUCCUGGCCGAUAACGGGACCAACGGGAAGUAUGGCGCCGAGGUCCGACUCCGCCGGCAGCUGGAGAAACACAUCGCUCUACAGAAGAUCAACACACGUCUGGGUCAGGGUGUCCCUGCAGUGUGUCUGAUCCUGGAGGGGGGUCCUAACAUCAUCUCCAUUGUGUUGGAGAGUCUGAAGGAGGAGCCUCCCGUCCCUGUCGUCAUCUGUGACGGCAGCGGUCGCGCUUCUGACAUCAUUUCCUUUGCACACAGAUACUGUGGGCAAGAUGGGUUGGUGAGUGACAGCGUCAGAGAUCAGCUGCUAGUCACCAUCCAGAAAACCUUCAACUACAGCCGCAGACAGGCGCAGCAGAUUUUCCUCAUGGUGAUGGAGUGCAUGAAGAAGAGGGCUCUGAUCACAGUGUUCAGGAUGGGCUCAGAGGGACAGCAGGACAUUGAGAUGUCCAUCCUCACAGCUCUGCUCAAAGGUACAAAUGCGUCAGCGUCCGAUCAACUGAGUCUGGCUCUGGCCUGGAACCGAGUGGACAUCGCUCGCAGUCAGAUCUUUGUGUAUGGACUCCACUGGCCUCCGGUGAGCGCUUCACCCACCGACAGGCCUAAAAGUCCGGCAGCUCAGCGAGCAACAGCACCAGGAGGAGGAGGAGCAGGGAAAGGGAAAGCAAGGGGGAAGAAAGGAAAAGGAGGCAAAACCAAACCUGAACCCCCCGAGGAGACCGACCCCCGGAAACUGGAGCUGCUCAACUGGGUGAACUCUCUGGAACAGGCUAUGAUGGACGCUCUGGUGUUGGACAGGGUGGACUUUGUCAAGCUUCUGAUUGAGAACGGCGUCAACAUCCAUCACUUCCUGACUAUCCCUCGUCUGGAGGAGCUGUACAACACGAAGUUGGGCCCGGCCAACACGCUGCACUUUGUGGUCAGAGACGUGAAAAAGGGGAAUCUCCCCCCAGACUACCAGAUCACUCUGAUCGAUAUCGGCCUGGUGCUGGAGUUCCUGAUGGGCGGAGCUUACCGCUGCAAAUACACCAGGAAGAGCUUCAGGGCGCUUUACAACAACCUGUACGGACUGAAACGACCGAAAGCUCUGAAACUUCUUGGGAUGGAGGACGACGAGCCCCGUCCGAAGGGUAAAGGAAAGAAGAACAAGAAGGAGGAGGAGGUGGACAUCGACGUGGAUGACCCCGAAGUCAGCAGGUUUCAGUACCCGUUCCACGAGCUGAUGGUGUGGGCCGUGCUGAUGAAGCGCCAGAAAAUGGCACUGUUCCUGUGGCAGCGGGGCGAGGAGGCCAUGGCCAAGGCUCUGGUGGCCUGUAAACUCUACAAGGCCAUGGCCCACGAGUCGUCCCAGAGCGAGCUGGUGGACGAUAUCUAUCAGGACCUGGAGAACAACUCCAAGGAGUUUGGUCAGCUGGCCUACGAGCUGCUGGAUCAGUCGUACAAACACGACGAGCAGGUGGCCAUGAAGCUGCUGACCUACGAGCUGAAGAACUGGAGCAACUCCACCUGUCUGAAGCUGGCUGUCGCAGCCAAACACCGAGACUUCAUCGCACACACCUGCAGCCAGAUGCUGCUAACGGACAUGUGGAUGGGCUGCCUGAGGAUGGGCAAGAGCAACAGCCUCAAGGUGAUUUUAGGGAUCGUUUUUCCUCCUGCGAUUCUCCUCCUGGACUUUCGUCUGGCAGAUGAAGCCUCGAAUCAUUUGUCCAAAGAGAACGACGACAGCAGAUCUAAAGACGACAACAAAUCCAGCAAGGUACCAAACAGCCAGAGCAGAGAGUGGUCAUUGGUUCAGAGCAGUCUGAGUGACUCAGAGUUUGUUUCAGGACGCCGUCUCAACAUUGACGCUACGUCGAAGAAAGGAGACGAAGAAGAAGAGCAGAAGAAACACCGGAGGACUCCCAUCGGGAGGAAGAUCUACGAGUUCUACAACACUCCCUUCACCAAGUUUUGGUUCAACACGAUCUCCUACCUGGUUUACCUGAUGUUGUAUAACUACAUCAUCCUGGUGAAGAUGGAGCGAUGGCCGUCUUUACAGGAGUGGAUCGUUAUCUCUUACAUCAUCACUCUGGGACUGGAGAAGGUCCGACAGAUCUUGAUGUCGGAGCCGGGGAAACUGAAGCAGAAGAUCAACGUUUGGUUGGAGGAUUACUGGAACAUCACCGACCUGGCGGCCAUCUCCGUCUUCCUGCUGGGUUUGCUGCUGCGGCUGCAGAGCGAGCCGUCCAUGGGCUACGGACGCGUCAUCUACUGCGUCGACAUCAUCUUCUGGUACAUCCGAGUCCUCGACAUCUUCGGAGUCAACAAGUACCUGGGACCCUACGUCAUGAUGAUCGGAAAAAUGAUGAUCGACAUGCUGUACUUCGUGGUCAUCAUGCUGGUGGUGUUGAUGAGUUUCGGCGUAGCUCGGCAGGCUAUCCUCCACCCGGACGAGGAGCCAACAUGGCGUCUGGCCCGAAACAUCUUCUACAUGCCGUACUGGAUGAUCUACGGAGAGGUGUUUGCAGACUCCAUAGACCUUUAUGCGAUGGAAAUCAAUCCACCGUGUGGAGACAACAUGUACGAUGAAGACGGGAAGAAGCUUCCUCCCUGUAUCCCUGGAGCCUGGCUCACUCCGGCCAUCAUGGCCUGUUACCUGCUGGUCGCCAACAUCCUGCUGGUCAACCUGCUCAUCGCCGUCUUCAACAACACCUUCUUCGAGGUGAAGUCCAUCUCUAACCAGGUGUGGAAGUUCCAGCGGUAUCAGCUGAUCAUGACCUUCCACGACCGUCCCAUCCUGCCUCCCCCCCUCAUCGUCUUCCCCCACAUCUACAUCGUCCUGAAGAGGCUGUGCUGCCGCUGCAGACGGAGGCCGGAGGGAGAUCGCGACGACCAGGAGAGACGACUCCAGCUGGUGCUGAGUGCAGAUGAACUGAAGAGUCUGCAUGAGUUUGAGGAGCAGUGUGUGGAGGAAUACUUCAGAGAGAAAGACGACGAAAAACAGUCGUCCAACAACGAGAGAAUCAGAGUCACAUCUGAGAGGGUGGAGAACAUGUUCAUGCGUCUGGAGGAGGUGAAUGAGAGGGAGCACUCGAUGAAGGCAUCCCUGCAGACAGUGGACCUCCGUCUGGCUCAGCUGGAGGAGUUCUCCAGCCGAAUGAUGAACGCGCUGGAGAAGCUGGCGGGCGUCGACCGGGCCGAGCUCGUCCGCAGUCAUUCCAGAGGAUCGUCCUUCUGCGAGCCAGCCGCUUUGCUGCGACAAUGCAGCAUCAACAGCGGAGACGGAUACAGUCUGUACCGAUACCAGCUGGAGCAUGAUGACAGGAUCACUGUGUCCGGAGACAUGGACGGAAAUGACAGGAGGGUCCAACUGAGUCCAGAGAGACAAGAAAGGACCACGGAGCAAGGACCCACAACAGGUGAUGUAAAGGAGUUCGGGUCGACUCUGGAUGUGAGAGGACUGAAGGGCAGGACUCAGUCUCAGUCAAACGUUGACAUCCUGAUCUCCCCCUGCGACCCCAACCGCAGACCCCCCCACACCUGUCCUGCUUCACCGCAGUCUGAGCAGACAGAAGCUAACAUGGAGAAACCAGCAGAGAAAACCCGACUAGAGGCAGCAGCAUCCUUCCCUCUGGAGAGGUCAAAGGUCACACAGUAUUUAUCCUCUCCAACACUCAGUGGAUCUCUCUCCUCCACCAAGUCCAUCAGCAGCAUCGUCUACAGCCCUGCCCAUCAGGACCAGGGAGAUGCUACCAGUUUGAACCCCCCCUGGCUCACAGCAGGCCUCCAGAUCUCCCAGCAUGCCUCACUGGGGAGUCCACCCCUCCCCCAGAGUGGAGGCGAUGAAUCCAAACAGGAAGUGGAGGACAGAACGUCCCGGCCGUCCGAAGAGUUGCAGGGGGGUGAAAUGGUGGGCAGUAAGCAUGGUAACGGAGGGGAGGAGGGGCCGUCAGAGGAGCUUCUGCUGGGGGAGGACAGGAUGUACCCAACGCUGCGGUCCAAGAGUAUGAACACCAACCUGAGGAAGACCAGGACGAAGAGGAAGGAGAACGAGGAGAUGCCUCGUUCGACCGGCAGCGUCAGAGACCUGGUGUCAGCAUUCAGGGGCGGGGUGGUGGGGCCACGAUCCAGCUCCAGGUCCAGAGACUCUGACUACUGAUCCCGAAGGACUGAGGGCUCCUUCAGGGUCUGGAUAAUAAGAACUGAAAUGGAAUUCAUCGUGGAAGAUUUCAGUAAAAGUGUCAGAACCAAAAUGGAAAGUAAAAGUAGGGAUUAUUUUCAUUAUCGAUAAAAGGGCUCAUGUUUGCUUUUCUUGUUUUCUGUCAUAUAAUGAUAGAAACUUGUAACUUCUGGGGGUAGCACAGGCCAAAACCACCACAAAGAGACUCAACAGGACUUUAGUUUUAGGUCUUGCUCCUUUGUAGGAAGCCUGGGGGGCUUUUACCUGUCUGUUUCCAUGACUGUAGGAUAUUAGUUAGUAAAUAUCAGCUUUUUAUUGAUUUUAUUUUAUAACAGAAUAUUUUAAGUUGUUUAUUUGGCAUGCAUCUAUUGCACUGAAUAAACAAUGUAAAGAUCAAUAAUGUACAGUUAAAGAUCAAAUACAUUAUGUAUAAAAAGCUUGAUAUGAAUGUGUCACAGCUGAGAUGUUCAGUCUGAGAAAAAACAAAGAUUAAAGGGAAUGAAAUAUACCUCUGUAAAUAAAAACGGAACCAUCAC